AUGGCAUCGACUGAAACUGGAUCAGGUUGUUAUACUGAAUGCCUGGCAAGUAUAUUAGAACAAAUGUGUCGAAAAUCUCCCUAUUCAAAAGCUAUACAACUUUUAAAUGUGGAACAUUCAAAUAAAAGUGAAAUGCAAAGUUUCACUUGUCAAGUGGUUUCAAUUUUAAAAGGCAGAAUUAUUCCUUAUGCUCUUCGAAGAUUUUUAUGGCCUUUAGCACUAUUCACAGUAGCUAACUGGACGAAAUCAGAAUUUGAAAAUGGAAGUGAAAUUGUCUGGGAUGGAAUGAAAAUAAGGCAACUAGAAUCGUUAUCUCGUGAAAUUUUUGGCAUUAUGUUAGCAUCUGGAACUUCAAAACUACGAAUAACAACUCCAGUUUUUUCAACACUUGAUGGAGUUAUCAAUAAAACUGUGGAAGAAGCAAUUACAGAACUACGACCAAAAUUUCUUAACCAAGAAAAACAAUUUAGCCGGUAUCAAGAACAAUCAGUAAAGAUUUUAAAUGUACUUUAUACAGCUAGACAAAUCUAUGAUCCAUUAUACAUUUAUUGGCUCCUUCCUAUUCAUUUUGUGCUGACAAAAGAUCAUAUGCAUGCAUUAAUUAAACACUUUCCAAAAAUGCCACCAGAGGAACAUCCUAAUCCAACUGAUGAAGGUGUACAAAUUUAUUCUUUUGCAAUGUGCCUGAGUUUAUUUAUUGAAGUAAUCAAUAAGAAAUAUGGACCUUAUAACAACCCCUGUACUAUUAAUAAUAUGAUUGAGAAAGUCAUGGGAAAAUUGAAUCAUCUUGAAUUUGUUAAGCAUAUGAAGAGUGUAAAUCAAUGGUCCAGCUUGACAAACUCCAUUUCAAUGCUGACGGCAAAUGGCAAUGACAUAGAUCCUGAUCUUUUUGUCGGAUAUGUGAAUACUGUGGCUUUAUUAUUCUUUUGGGAUCAGUUAUUUCUUAAUACAUUCAAUUCCGAUGUCAUUAUUGAAUUCGCUCAAACACUCUUGUUAUUACUUGGUUCAAAUAUUUUACAAAUGAACAAUAAUGAUGAGCUAGAAAAUCUACUUAGAUUGGGACCAAACAAACUGCUUACUUUAGAUAUCAUUCGAACAUGGAAUAUGAUUCACUUAAACAAAACUAUUGAUGAUAAAUAUUGUGAAUUAAAUAGAAUUAUAGGAAGUCUGAUACCUAUGAAACAGUCGACUCAAAUAGAAGAGACAAUGAAGCCAAACUUCUAUUUGCCUGAAUUUGUUAUUCAUGAUAUAGUUGUAACUACAGUCAUGAAAUCAAAAGAGAUUAUAUUUAAUAAUUCAUUUCGUAUACAACUGGAUUAUAUCGUUGAAGAUAAAGUGAAAACAAGCUUCUGA